AUCGGAUUCUCGUCAGACGCGACGCGUCCGCGAUCACGCACGGUGCACCACGCGAGAAAGAAGAAGGUUCCGUUGCGUUCGUUCAGUCAUUUCGGACGUGAGAAACAGGGAAGAGCACCUUGGUCGUCGAUCGAGCACUGCCAUCGAAUAAAUUCCCGCCGAUCCAUCUUCUUUCACUGUUCGAUUCUCAUUACGGUCCCGCGACACGAAAACUAAUCAACCGAUCGGACCCGCCGAUUGCGUGCCAACUUUCCAUGCAGCGAGGGUGGAGGCAACACGUCCGAAGUGACUGACUGCAACGCGAUUGGUUGAAACACAUGAUCCGGUGAUUGUGAUCAUGAUUGCAAACCGUCUCACUCCGAUCGUCACCCUCGUCCUCGUGGUCCUGGUGUCGUCUAUCCAUCACGGUGAAGCAAUAACAUGCUACCAAUGCAACAGCGAAUACGAUCCAAGGUGCGGCGAUCCAUUCGACCCGUACAGUCUUGGAACCGUGAAUUGCAGUCUUCAGCCACGGCUGGAGCACCUAAAUCAUCUGGAACCUACCAUCUGUCGAAAAAUCAGCCAAAAAGUGUACGGGAAGAUCAGAGUUGUCAGAGGUUGCGGAUACAUCACAGACGAGAGGGACAAUGCCGAAUGCGUGAGGAGGUCAGGAACUCACGACGUUCAGGCGUUUUAUUGCUCAUGCACCGGUGAUCUCUGCAACUCGGCUGAAAGCCAUACGCCGUCCUUCUUACUGCCGUUGACGUCUCUGUUCGCGGUCAUCCUCGCAGUGCCGAGCUUCUUUCUUUCGUACCCGUUCGCAAUACCCGUCUUAACCUCCCCGUACUUUUCCAUAGCCUAAAGUAUCCUCGGCCAUCAACGGACGCAACACUCGACGCCUAAACCGAAUCAACGAUUCGAUAGAGAGUGUUGGAACUGGACCCAACUCGUUUUCGUUUGCUGUUUAAACGACGUUUGCGAAAGGUCUUGGAUCGCGAUCGAUUCGAUCUGUACAGGGGGGGAUCGUCUGAAACGAUAAACUGGGGUCACGCGCUGAAUCGAUCACGAAAAGAAGAUCCAAGCUGUACCGUGCUUAUGUGUAUUACGUGUUAAAAACUUGAACAUUCUUUCGUUUCUCGUUCUUUUGCCGAUGAAAAGUAAGAAAAAAAAAGAAAAAAAGAAAAAAGAAAGAA